AACAGGCCCUAAAUGAUAUAGUUUUAUAAUAUGUAUAUUUUAUUAUUUUCAGAUUGAAUUUAACUUCUUAAACAUGAAUAGUAUUGGAGCAAUGAACUCUCCAGUGAAACAGCCUUUGCCAACAGUAUUGGCUCCUCCUACUAUUUCAAAUUCUUCACCUUCCAAAGUACAACAACCACCGAAUUUAACUCCACUUAAUUUAAAUACUUCUCAAUCAGCUCAACCUUUGAGUCUUGUUAAUGAACAUAAAAAUAUUCCAAUUGUUAUCCCUUCGCCUAUUAUGACUUCUGUUGAAAAUAUUGUUCCAAAAUCUACUGCUUGUAAUGGUAUACCUGAUACAAAAGCAAUUGGUGAAAAAAUUGAAGAAGCCCUGCCUAAAAUUGAAUCACAAUUACUACACAAUCAGGUAAAUAAUUCUGUUAACGUUAAAAUCGCAAAUGAAUCUCCUCUUUCUGAAGUGAAACCUCAAAUAUCAGAAGUUGAAAAUCUAUCUCAAAAGAAAGAUGAUAAGAAUAACUUGCCAAUUGUUCAAACCGAUAAAGUAGUUUUGCCAGAAGUCAUUGUAACAUCUAUAAGUGAUCCUAUUAAACCUGAAGAAUUACGUAAAACUGAAAAUUUAGUUUCUAAACCAAAAGAACAUGAUGCAAAAAUCAGUCAAGAUUCCCCUGAAAUUAAGACUGCAGCGGAAACAAACCAAGGGCCAACUGUUUCUUCUGAAAAAGCUGAACAAGCACUUGUAAACACUUCAAAAGUUAGUGUACGACGAAAAAGAGAACAUAAACAACUAGAAGAAGAAGACGAUAAGAAAGAAAAGUCAUUGAAAAAGGAUACACCUGUUGAAGAAAUAAAAUCAAAGCGUACUAGACUUCCUACACAACCUUUCCAAUUAUCAUUGUUGCCAGAAAUGCAUCAUAUUUCUAAAAUUUCUGAAAAACCCGUAUCUUCAAAAAUCAAUAGUGACAAAUUAACAGUGUUUUACAAAAAUGAAUUUUUGGCUGUAAGAAAUGAAGAUGGAGGGUUUUACUUAUGUCAAGCUAUGCAAAAUAUUCAUAGAGCUAGUCGCCGCAUUCGUAUUCGAUGGCUAACUCAACAUCCAAAUGAUGAGUUUACGCCAGAUUUUUAUGACCAUACAGAGUUUGAUUGUAUUUUGACAAAUAUAACAUUAAAAAAAAUUCAGAAAGAACAAUGGAAACUACCUGAAAAAGAAAAGUUAAGAAUUGAAAAUAUUUUGAAACGAUCUAUUGAUGUUGAAAAAGGAUCAGAGAAACCUUCAGUAACUGAAGAACAUCCGGAUGGGUUGGACGUAAGUUUGUUCAAAGACGAAGCUCAACUAACAAAGAAAAAAGGUAGCAAAAAAAGCAUAACUUUAAAAAGGAAGGUAUCAACUGAUGAACAACCAGUGAAAAAGUCAUCUAGGUUGUCUAAGAAAAAACCAUCUUAUGAUUUUGGGCAUUCGUCAUCUGAGAGUGACGAGAAUGAUGAUGAAGAAGACAAUAGUAACCAAAACAGGUCAUCAAACAAAAAAGUUUUGAAAAAAAAAGUUAUUGCAAAAGAACCCGCUAAAAAAAUAAUAGGCAAUAUGUCAAAACCGAAACAACCAUCAGUUAGAAAAACACAAACUCCUGUUAAACCGACUUAUGUACUGGCGUCUGUUUCAUCAGCAGUGAAGAAAAGAGAAAUAAUUGCUACAAAACAAAAAAAAGAAAACAAUGUAGAUAAAAAGUCUUCCAAGAAAGUAGAACCAAAAUCUCCAGCUGUUCCACUACCUUCAGAGAGAUCAUCAAAAACUAGAAAUGCAGGAAAUGCUGUUUCUGCAAAAAUAACUACUGCUGGUAUUGGAAUAGUUAAAAAUAACCCCAACGAUCGAAAAACACUAAGAAAUCGUAAAUGAUGAUAGACAUUAUAACACACUUUGUAAGUAAUAUAGUCUACUUGUUUGAACAAUAUUUAAAAAUUCAUUUUGUUAAUAAUAUUAUCAAUUUAACUUAAUUCUGAUUUCUUGAAAGACUACAUAUUUUUUAUGUUAAACACGUACCAUAUCACAAAUUUGUUUUGAUGUGUUGAUUCACAUUCUUGUUUAACUUUUAUAAUUUUAUACUUUUUUUCGUUUAUUAUUUUUUAUUAAGUUUUGAAUAACUUAGGUAGCUAAUAGUAUUAAAUUUCAAAAUAAUCCGAAAAUAUUUAUAAGGUAAUUCAAAGUUACAUAGAUAAUUUUUGUAACAAUAGUACUUAAUGAUUUUAUGAAAUAUGCAUCAAUCUUAACUAUUUCCUGAUGUCGAUGCCAACACUUAAAAUAAUUAUUGUUACUUGAUCCUAAUUAAUUG